AUGCUCAGCUUCCAAAACAUGUGCCGCAAAUGCAUCCAACUCCGUCUUCGACCAUUCCGAUCUAAGGCUGGUCCUGUACGGUCUACAGACUGUAAAGAAUAUGUGCUCCCCCCAUGCGUCGAGUCUGGGUACGGCAUACUAUGCAAGUUUGAUGAAACGGGGGGUCUGGGUGCAGAAACUGUCAUAGCAAUUGAUCGAGCUGCUGCUACAGCUGCCGCCGUUGCUGGAUCAGAUGAAGGUAAAUUGACCAUAUGUGAUCGUGAAGAAGACGAAGAUGAACUUGAAAAACUUGAGGAUCGAGAAGAACUUCCUGAACUAGAUGCAGUGCUUGACGAUACGCUUGAACGGUGA